AUGAAUGAACCCAAAAACCUUCAUUCUAGCAUAGUAAAAAAGGAGCAUUCCAGCGUUUCUAAUUUAGAAUCGCUUGGAAGAUUGCAUAGUCCAGCCUCGAGAAAGCAUAAUACUAGUAAAUCAAGCAAAAAUUUCAGAUCAAUGCACACUAAAAAACUGUCAGUUCCUAUAAUAAGUACUUACCAAAUUAAUGAUGACAAAUUAUCAUUAAAAAUUGACACACACGUUAUCAAGACUCCACCUAAUAUAGAUCUCAAAAAAUCUUCAUCAUGGAAAGAAGGUAUCAGAACAAAGGUAACCCCAAAAUUUCAUUUUAAUUUACAGACUGGCAAUUGUUUUGAGCUUCAAGCUGUUGAAAACAGAAUUGAAGCUGCAAAAAAUAAAACUUUUGGGAAAUUUCAAGAAAGAAAUUAUCAGAUGCAACACUUUAAUAACUUUUUGACCACAGAAAACUAUAAAUUUUAAUAUUUUAAAAAAAUUUUAUUAGUUAGGUACAUUAAAAAAUACUUAUAUCCAAAUCGAUUAUGAUUAAUUAAGUAUUAUAUAAAAGCUUUUCUAAAAAUAGGGAUUAAGCUGCCGAUGACUUAGCGAGCGAUUCUGUUACUUAAAAUGAUAUGUUAUCUUGGCAGAUAUUUCGUUAUUGCCACUCUAGUCACCGCAUAUCUAACUAGGCUACUACGCUUUCGCCUCGGGUGUACCAAGCAGUAAAAGCCUUAGUCUUCCGAAGCUCCAAGGGAUCAAAAAAGACUGUAAACCCCUUUUUAUUGAUUAUUUGAUGCAGCUGACUAAGGAUUCUCUGAGAAAACUGAGCCUCAUAAUAAUAAAAUAAGGUUAGAAGCAGAAAUUUUAAUGAGCGAGAUUUAAUACUGCAAUUUUUAUUAUUAUGCUUUGAUCCAAAUAAAUUAUUUGAAAAGUCUAAAUUUAUAUACAAAAAUAAUAUAAAUUAAAAGUAUGAAGAUCUGGAUUAAGUAA